GUUCAUUGACUGCGAGAACAGCCAGUGUAUGUACAAAGACUGUACGAAUACGAGACUUUCUAAGCGUCUAUUUAGAUUUCCAAUGAAAAAGGAUGCGAGAUGCGAAAUAUGGAUACGUAAUACAGGAAAUACCAAGUUGGAGAAAUUUUCUCCCGCUACCCUUCGAUCGGCAUCAUUGUGCGAAGAUCAUUUUACUGCCAAGUGUUUUACAAACGCUACAAAAGAACGAUUGAUACGGAAUGCUAUACCAAUUCCAUACAAUGACACAGGCUCUUCCGCAAAUUAUACAGCAGCAUUUUCACUCGAUAAUGAAAACGUGAUGGAAGUAAAAUUGCCUAAACAGUCUGCAUUGCGUACAUAUAAACGUGCUAAUUUAAAUUUUAAUGUAACUGCGGAAGAGGAAAAUAUAAUGGAAUGGGUGCCUCUCGAGCCAUCUAUGCCACCCACAGAUGAUCAACACCAAGAUAAUUGCACGCAAACAAAUAAUAAAGAUACAAAAAUAAUCAAAGAUCUGAAUAUGGAAAAUCGACAUUUGCGACAAGAAUUAAGGCGCCAAAAAUUUCUCCUGCAACGUAUGUCAGAAAAGUAUAAAAUAUCGAAAACUAAAAGCAAGUUUAGCGUAAUAUAAUCUCAUUUAAGAGAUUUCCACGUUAAAACUAAAUAUUUUCAAAUCAAGAAUAUUCUUUUUCUCUGGAUACGAUUGGAAAUUAAUUGGGGUCUUUCCAAUCUCGCAUAUAUGCGAGAAAAUAAUAUACAAAAAGAAUAUAGAGGAAAUAGCCCUACUUUGAGCAAAUAAACGAAUAUGUCAAAUCUU